AUGUGUGGGGGUACACCAAAAGCUACAAAUGGAACAGGGGGACAGAUACAAAGAGUAAGAAACAACAGCGAAGUACCACUUGGAAAUAAUCUCUCUUGUACCAAAUUGGAUGAAAGGAUUAAAAAAUCUUGGAGAGACCAAAGUGUCAGCUAUGUGAGCAAAGUGACAGGACUUCUGCAAAACAGCUGGUCCUCUUCAGAGUUUGACUUGAAUGAAAUCCGCCUGAUAGUUUACCAAGACUGUGAGAGGAGAGGCAGACAGGUUUUAUUUGAUUCCAAAGCAGUCCGCAAAAUUGAUGAAGCUGUGGUUCAGAAAAUGGCAGAGGAUGCUUCUGUAAAGGCUUCUGCCAAGAACUGCCAAGGAAGCAAUGGGAACAACAACAUUUCCUCCCAUAGUCCCUCAAUAAGCUGCAUGCAAAAUAUCAAAGAACAGAUACCGAAGUACCAGUACACCAGACCAGCCUCUGAUGUCAACAUGCUGGGAGAAAUGAUGUUUGGCUCAGUGGCAAUGAGUUACAAAGGCUCCACCUUGAAAAUUCACUACAUACGCUCUCCCCCACAGCUGAUGAUAAGUAAAGUCUUCUCAGCCAGGGUAGGAAGCUUCAGUGGAAGCAACAAUAACUUACAAGAUAGCUUUGAAUACAUCAAUCAAGAUCCUAGCCUGGGAAAGCUGAGCUCAAAUCAGAAUGGUUUGGGAACCUGUCGCAGUGGAAGUAAUUUAGGUGUGUUACAACUAUGUAGCAGCAAACUGCUGCAGGGUGUGUCUGAAGGAGGUCCCCUCCGGCUCAUCCGCAGUGCUUCUUUCUUUGCAGCACACAGCACGCCUGUUGACAUGCCUAGCAGAGGACAAAAUGAGGACAGAGACAGCGGCAUUGCUCGGUCAGCAUCUCUGAGCAGUCUUCUGGUCACUCCCUUUCCAUCUCCAAGCUCUUCAUCGUCAUCUUCUAGCAGCUACCAACGUCGCUGGCUCCGAAGUCAGACAACCAGUUUAGAGAAUGGAAUUAUUCCGAGGUGGUCCACUGAAGAAAUGUUUAGCAUGGCUGAUGAAAGCUGCAGCUCCAAUCCUGCAAUGGUUCGGAGGAAAAAAAUUGCAAUCAGCAUAAUCUUUUCUCUGCCUGAAAAAGAAGAAGCACAGAGAAACUUCCAGGAUUUCUUUUUCUCUCACUUUCCUCUCUUUGAAUCUCAUAUGAACAAGCUGAAAUAUGCGAUAGAAAAGGCCAUGAUCUCAUGUAGAAAAAUAGCAGAAUCCAGCCAAAGAGUGCAGGUUUAUAUCAGCCGUGUCAUGGAUGCCCUGGGAGAAUUCAGAGUUACCAUCUGGAACCUAUAUUCUGUUCCAAGGAUUGCAGAGCCUGUCUGGCUUAAUAUGAUGUCCAGCACCCUAGAAAAGAAUCAGCUAUGCCAGCGUUUUCUUAAAGAAUUUACGUUUCUGAUAGAACAGAUCAACAAAAAUCAGUUCUUUGCCGCUUUGUUAACUGCAGUGCUGACGUAUCAUCUGGCUUGGGUCCCAACAGUAAUGCCGGUUGACCAUCCUCCCAUAAAGGCCUUCUCUGAGAAGCGCACAUCGCAGUCCGUGAACAUGCUGGCAAAAUCCCAUCCAUAUAACCCUCUGUGGGCACAGCUUGGUGAUCUCUAUGGUGCCAUAGGCUCUCCAGUUAGAUUGACUCGAACUGUUAUUGUUGGAAAACGCAAGGAGUUGGUGCAGCGCUUGCUCUAUGUUCUAACUUACUUCAUUCGGUGCUCUGAGCUGCAGGAAAAUCAACUGAUGUGGAGUGAGAAGGCUGGGGAAGGAGAGCAAGUGCUAAAUGGAAGCAAGAUCACAACUGCACUAGAAAAAGGAGAGGUAGAGGAGUCUGAUUAUGUAGUUGUCACUGUUAAAAAUGAACCUGCUCUUGUGCCUCCAAUCCUACCUCCAAAGAAUGAUGGAAGUAAAAACAAUAGUAUUACAGAGUGGGUACAUGACCCAGAAAGCACUCAUGCUGUCUCAGCCUCUUCAAAAGAAAAGAGAGAAGUGAUAGGAAAGGCCAGUCAGAACUCCGAAGCAUCUGUCGACUGUCUAACUAGCAGUUUUCGUAAAGGAGCAGGUGAUGGUAGGAAAAGAACUGUCACGGAUACAGGAAUCGUAUCCUACCACUUUGAAGAGCCGUCUAAAUUGGAGGAUUUAAUGGAUAUAAAGAAGAGCAAGAACCAGAAUGAGAGAAAAGUGGAAAAGCAAUUGUCUAGUAGGUCAUCUGCUUUACCUUGUCCUGAAAGGACUGGCCACAGGAGUUCACACUUAGAAAAGGUCACCUUUCAGAUUGGAAGUUCUGCAUCACCAGAGUCAGACUUAGAAACUCAUAGAAAAGAAAUGGAAGAAAGUCUGAAAGCAUUCAGAAGAAAUCCAGAGGUGAUACAUUGUGCCUCAAGUUCCACAAAUCUGACUGUGGAUGCUUCCCUGAAUCAGAAAGAAAGUUGUGAAGCUGUCUUUAUACCCUUCAGUAAACAUAAUGUUUGUUAUGCACAAAUCCCACCUUGUGAGGGCAAGGAGAGUAUACUUAACCAACGUAUGGAAAGUAAAGGAACUGAAACUAAUUUAGUGAACACUAUAUCUAGUGAACCACUUUUGUCCACAGAUAAUAUAGAAACUGUAAAAUUGCCAAGCCUAAAAGAAGCUAGAAUUUUAUGUUCUGGCAGUCUGGAGAACUGUUCCCAUGGCUGCAUGGAAGUAGGUUCUGCUGUCAAAGAGGAUUCCCCUAAAGUAGGUGCUAAAGAUGUCCCCUAUGGGGAUGCUGAAAGGAAAAUCUCCUUCAGAGUUGAAGGGGACAUUCCAAGGAAUGAGAGUUCAGACAGUGCCCUUGGAGCCAGUGAUGAAGAAGGUGACUGUUGUAUCCCUGAUGAAGUGCAUCAUGAUAAUGUCAGCAAAAGACUUGAAGAGUUUGCAGAAGUGGAACUUCCUUUACCAAGGUCAAAUACAAUCAGCAGUCAAUGUGUGAAAAACUUUGGAAGAUCACUUCUAGGUGGUUACUGUCACACAUAUAUACCUGAUCUAGUGCUACAUGGAAUAAAUAAUGAUGACAAACUCAAGCAGUGUCUACUAGCAGACCUACUUCAUGCAAUGCAUCAUCCUGUGCUAGAUGAGCCCAUAGCAGAAGCUGUCUGCAUUAUUGCAGACACAGAUAAAUGGAACGUUCAAGUAGCUACAAGCCAGAGAAAGAUGAUGGACAAUAUGAAGUUAGGCAAGGAUGUUUUGGUUUCAAGUCAAGUAUCCAGUUUAUUGCAGUCUAUUUUACAGCUUUACAAACUCAACGUCCCAGCUGACUUUUGCAUAAUGCAUCUUGAGGAUAGACUACAAGAGAUGUAUCUCAAAAGCAAAAUGCUUUCAGAAUAUCUGCGAGGACAUACAAGAGUGCAUGUAAAAGAACUAGGAAUUGUGUUGGGGAUUGAAUCCAAUGACUUGCCUUUGUUGGCUGCUAUAGCAAGUACACAUUCUCCAUAUGUUGCUCAAAUACUCUUAUAAAUUAAAAUCUCAGGAUAGUCAUUCCCUUAAAGUAAAGAAAAUGGGAAUGUUGAAUGAAGAAAAGAGGUGCCAAACACUGGUAAAGGGGAACACUGAGGAAAGCAGGUGAUGACUGUACAUUCUCCCACCUUCCGAUUCUGAUUUCAACCGGAUGUUUUAUCGGAGGACUUCAGUUUACAUAACGUAAAAGGCAUUCAGGUUUUUCUUACAAUCUCACUUCUGACUUAAAUCAAGAAAGUGACUGCAUCCUUGCAUUUUAUUUUUAUUCAAAGGACAAAAGUUAACACUAUGUGGCAGACCAGGAGCUGCCGUCCAAAACGCUGCUCAAAACCAUGAAGUCACAGUUAAAAGAACAAGUGGGUUAGAAUGGAUUUCAUAAUACUACACUUGCAAGUGUGGUGUGCUGUAUGUUUCUUGGCUGGCGAGGAAGAGGAGCUGUAAACUAUGUAUAUAACAUUCCUAUACACAAGUGUAUUAGAUGGGACAUGAUUUUCUUGCAGAGUAUAGUAGAAGUGGUGGCUCAGAACAAAGAACCUGGAUUCAGCAGCCAAAUGUAAUGUGGGAAUGGAGGUGUACAUGAGGUGAUGUGACUUGUCCCAUUAAGGAUGAGGCUAGAAAGCUGUGGCUGCUUAUGUUUUAAUGAGGAGGCAUUCAAAUGAGCCCAUGACUAGAAGUGGAAUGGAAUGAAUUUCUGAGAUAGGGAUUUUGUUGGAAAGCCUUAUGGAAUUUCAGUUUACAUUUGUUGCUGAUGCAACUUCAAUAACUCUUUUGAGUUUCUGUGUGACACUAGUCCUGGGAACUAAGCCUGUGUCUUGGUGUCAACAAGUAUUACUAUCUCUGAGGAGUAUGAAUUUGAGAAACCUUCUGUAUGAUACCAGUGCUGUUAGCGCGUGUCUGUGCGCAUGUACACCAAGCAGUUGGCACAAACUGAAAACAAUCUUAUUGGGAAAAUAACAAACACCCCCCCACCAAACCUUUAGUCAAAAGUAUUACUUUUUCCAGCUACUAGUUACCACUCUAGGAAUAAAAGAGGAGCAUUGUUUGAAGUAAAAUGAAAUGUAGGGGAGAAACCCCGAUAUUUGGUAUUACUAUGAAUGUUUGCAAUUACCCUUUUUGAUUCUACGGAAAUCUUGAACUAUCGUCUGGGUGCCUUUCCUUAAUAGGUUAACUACUCUGAGACCAGAAACUACUUCUCCACUAGCUAAUACUGGCCUUCUGUAUUUCUAGAAAGCAAAAUAAAAUUUUGUAUUUUAAUGUUUUCAUGUGGUUGAUAACGUGAAUGUAAAAAAAAUAAACUUUUUUUCAUAAAGCACUCUUAAGCUGGAUAUGAAACUAUGGAUCAGACUGAGGAGAGAACAAAGAAUCAAAACAAACAUUCUUAAAGAAACAGAAAACUCAAUGUUGGACCAUUCUGUUGUGAGCCAGCAUGAAUGAGGUGUCUGAUAUUGUCAGCUUGCAAGCAAAUUGCUAGCAACACAAUUGCUUGGGAAUAGUAAAUUCUAGUAAGAAACUCCUGGUCACUGGUUGUGAGUUCUCCUCAUUGGUGAUUACAGAUUUUUAACACUGAAGGGACACACUUUUAUUAAAAGUGUUUUUAUUUCCUACUACCUUGAUGUUUGGACUUUUCUACAGUAAACUUUCAAUGAUUUGAAAUAAUGAGAUGUGCAUAUUGUGACUUGUUUAAAUGUGAUGGAAGUCUUGAUUAACCUUGUGUUGCUUUUUGAGGGAAAUAGGUAGACUGACCUACUGUGAAGAGAGGUUGUUUCCAAGUGGAGGGAUACUUAAUAUUCUGAUACAACGCUUCUAAAGCUGUUCCUUAUAUGCUGGGUUUUUGACCUGACAUUCCAGAUGUUUAUUUUAUUGCAUUUUCAUACUUGUCCCUAGUAUUCUGCCUAAAAAGGCUAAAAUCUUUCUAUGGUUCAAAUUUUCUCCUACUGCUUAUAACUAAGCAAACAUGUCUUUGGUCUGUGAAUCCUUUUAUCUGCUGGAAAGUAAACUUACCUCUGCAUAUAACUGUUAGCAGGCAUCACUCUAAUCCACAAGGUUAAGACAAAGUGAGAACCAUAGAGCAAGGCACAUUUUCAUAAACUACUGCUGUGAUGAGAAUGUGUGCGUGCGCAAGAUUAUGAAACUGCUUCCCUGAGUGUAUAUAGAAAUCCUCAUGUAAUUUCCCUAUUUCAUGUCACUCUUAAAUAGUAGCUGAGUUCAUUGAAAGUAAAUUCCAGUUCUCUUAAAGUAUUAGUUGGGUUUUUAUCUGAACAGACUCUGGCAAUUCCUCAAAGAAAUAUGUGCAAACAUAGAAAUAUGCUUUUUUAAUAGAGUGUACUAAGUAGGUCAAAGGUCAGCCAACACUCAGUGAUUCCAAGACUAAUACUAUUAUCAGUAACACCUGAUUUUACUACAUCAGCUAUUUAAUUUUUUUUUUUUUAAUCUGCCUUUUGGCAAAACAUUAAAUUAACCUAAGGGAUGGCAUUUGAGCCGGUGGUGAAAAGAACUUGGAUUUUCUUCAGCCCAGGCUAAAACUUUGUAGUUCUUGCUGCUUUCUCUAACAUUUUGCUGCUUUUCAGAAAUUACAUGAUGAACUAUCUUGUUCUCACAGUUUUAGUUUUGGGGGAAAAAAAAUCCACAGUGAAAACUGUUUAUUACCUUUAAAAGACUAGAGAGUUAACUAAGAAAAGUUAAACAUAUUUCUCCCUCCACCAAAUGUACUACCUCAGUUGACAGGAUUCCACCUUCUAGGGCUUUUUUGACUCUUAAGUCUUGUUUUUGGUAGCAUCUUGCUGUUUAUGUAAAUUAGCGCAGCAUGUAAGUACUUACAGAUGUGUUGUUAGACAUCUUUAGGGCAUGUUUCUGAUUUUAUUUUAAUAGGAUGAAAAGUGAUAUGAAUGUACAGAUGUGUUUAAAGUUGAUAAUGUAGCUUAAUUUUCAAAUAUUCCAAAGUUGGUUUUAUCAGUAUUACAUAGUUUUUUGUAAACUUAAAUACAUACUUUCUUGAUUAAGUGGGAGUGCACAGUCUUUCCAAAAUCCCACAUAAAUGCAGUUUACAUUUAAAGAAUGUAUGCUUUUUUCAGGCAAGACUAAACCUUCACAAAGGGGAGGAAUGAACUGCUAAAUUGUAGUAUUUGAUUUGAACAGAUUCUUUAGCCCCAAAUGAUACCAAGAUCUAAACAUUUUAUUUUAAGUAGGUACUCUGAACUAAUGUAUACAACUUUCUUCUGCCCAAAAGAAACUCCGUAGACACUGGUUCUGUAAUUCACAUUUCUAAUGGCAUCUUCCAGUUAAAGAUUGAUCUUCCCCACUCCCUAUUAUAUGCAUCUUUACUCUUAAAGUCAAAACCCCUUUUCAGACACGCUAAACUGUUGUAUAUAAAGUUUACGCAAAAUGAUCUCUUAUCCCUCAAGUAUAACUUCUACUUCAGUUAAAAGGACCUAAAUUAAAAUCGAGUCUGAACUGCUGAAUAUAGACUUUUUUUUUUUUUAGGUCAAGGGGGCUAAUUUGACAUACAUAGCAGGUUUUCCAUAGUAGAAAAAAAAAAUGUGUGUUGCUAUUGCAUGUUUGGAGAGCAUAGGCUUUUUUAGGAAUGACUGAAUACCAAUGUCAAACUACAUGGGUUUUUUUCUUAUAGUUGUUUAUGUAUGCUAUCAUUUUGGUCUAUUUCUUUGCGGCAUUUGGUGCAAUAAACUUUCUGAAAUGAA